AUGGACUCUUACGUAUAUCAAGGUUUGUCCCACCCAAAAUGCAUCCGUCUUAUCAAGUUUCUGCCAACUACAGCGACAGGAGGUCUCAAUGUGUCACUCCACGAAGCACGAUUUGAAGAUGGGACAGUCCAAUACGAAUGCUUAUCUUAUGUUUGGGGUCUACCAGAACCAAAAGCCGACUUGAUUUGCGAUGGAAAAAUUAUGCGAAUUACUAAAUCCCUUGACGAAGCAUUGUACCAACUUCAACGCGCAUCAUGGACCAAAUACAAGACUUCAGAUUACUUCUGGGUUGACCAAAUCUGCAUCAAUCAAGCCGACAAUGAAGAAAAAAGGGAACAGGUAGCUCUCAUGGGCGCUAUUUAUGAACACGCUGAGUGCGUUUGGAUAUGGCUGGGUUCUGAGGACGCUGCUUCCGUGGCCGUAAUGGACUUCAUGGAACGUGCUCCCCCAGCAUCUGAGGUCGAGACCUAUGCUUCUAAUGGCAGCUGGAACAACACGAUUACCUCUAUUCUAGAGAGACCUUGGUUUUUCAGGACAUGGAUCGUCCAAGAGUACAUCAUGGCCAAACGUGCGAUGAUGUUUUGCGGAUCUCGCUCUGUGGGAUCUCACAAAUUGUUGUCAAUGAUGGCAGCAUGCCACAACGAGAGGGGAUUACAAGGCAUGUCUAACGCUCUCAACAUUGCAACCUUGGACUGGCGGACGAUCCCCGGUGGAGAGCAAAAGGCGCCUUUUAUUCGGAUUCUUCAUGAAUUCCGCGAUUGCGAGGCGACAGACAAGCGCGACAAAGUAUACGGACUGCUUGGCCUCGCA